UGGUGACCAAUGGAACAUGAAAUGGACCGAAAUCUAGACAAUCGAUAGACCUUCGAUAAGCAGAGACAAUGAUGCUGUGCCCUGCGCAUAAAACGCCAUGGGCCGAAUGUUGGUGCUACGACCCAGUAGGUCGCAGAGGCGGCACGGGCGAAAAUGAAUUUCCAUCUACGCGCUGAUGCCGCGUUGCCCUCAGCAGUGGAUGCGGGGUUGACUUCACCAACGCGGGGGUUAGCGUGGAGGUGGAUGUGCCAACGUGACGAGCGGCGUCAUUCCAGAGCCGACACCAAUUGCCAGCAAUUGCCUGAGAAGAGGAGAAGAGGAGAAAGCGGCGAGCUGAGAUCACCUCAGAGAGGAGCAUCGUCAGUCGACAAGGCGGAGGACGCCGGGCCUCGUGAGGGUUGUGCCACAAAGGCCGCACCGUGUCGAUGAGGUUGUAUAACAUGGCACAAUACCAGACAAGACAUUUGAGGUUUGUCUUUACGUUCAGCAUUGUUGCCCUGGGAUAUCUGUCUACAUCAGUGCAGGCGCUAAGUCACCGAACUGAUUGUUUCACUGCCAAGUUGCGGCUCGGUCAUACUAUCGGCUGGAAUGACUUGGCAGGCACUGCAGAUAAGACUGAAUUGAAGGCCGUCGACGAAGGUCCCACCGACCCAGUUCCAUCUGCAAAGGCGAUAGCACAACAUUGCAGAGAGACACGAGACAUGAGUCGACCCGCGCAUGGCACGGACACGCGGAAGAGGCAACCUGUCAAGCCCGCACCGGUGCUAAACGCUCUUAUGAUGCACCAUGUCGUUCGCUGGUUGCAGGAGCUUCUUGUGGCGGGGUGGCAUGGACCUCGGAAACUCGGCUUCAAGGGACUUCGAAACCAACCAUUGCGCAUCAUCCGUAGGGGCAAUGGGGAGAUGGAGGCGGAAACGGAAUCCACAACUUGCACCAUAGAACAGCGACGCUGGACCAGAGCGGACGACCGGCAGUGGAGCAAUGCAGACAUACGGCCGACACGAGCACCGAGGAACGGCACUGUGGUCGGAGAAGCAGACGGUUCGGUACAUCCGGCUGACGAAGUAUGA